GGGCGGUCCGCCCCGCCCCCUGCCCCUGCCGCGGCAUCCUGGCAGGGCGACGCCAGGACACGGGUGACCCGAGCGCGAAGAUUCUGGGGUGGGAAGGUGUGAGCCGCAAACCCAGAGGGGCCGGGAAAGAAGAGGAAGCCCGGGGGUGGUCAGAGGACUGGGGUCCCGGCUGCAGAGGCUGCUCGGCCUCCUGACUGACUAGCCGGCUGGCGGGCUGACUGGCUGACGGACGGACCGACGGACGGACCGACGGACGGGUUCGCAUCCUCUGGCCGGACGCGAGGAGCUGCGGCGGGCGGCGCGCGGAGCCGAGCCAUGGCCUCGGGUGCAUAUAAUCCAUAUGUAGAAAUAAUCGAGCAGCCACGACAAAGGGGAAUGCGGUUCAGAUACAAGUGUGAAGGGCGCUCAGCAGGCAGCAUUCCCGGGGAGCACAGCACGGACAACAACCGAACAUAUCCGUCUAUCCAGAUUAUGAACUAUUACGGGAAAGUAAAAGUGAGAAUUACGUUGGUAACAAAGAAUGACCCGUAUAAACCUCAUCCUCAUGAUUUAGUUGGAAAAGACUGCAGAGAUGGCUUCUAUGAAGCAGAAUUUGGACCAGAACGCAGACCUCUGUUUUUUCAGAAUUUGGGUAUUCGGUGUGUAAAGAAAAAAGAAGUGAAAGACGCUGUUAUUUUAAGAAUAAGUGCAGGAAUCAAUCCUUUCAAUGUCCCUGAGCAGCAGCUGCUGGACAUUGACGACUGUGACCUAAAUGUGGUGAGGCUGUGUUUUCAAGUCUUCCUUCUUGAUGAACAUGGUAACCUGACAACUGCUCUUCCGCCCAUUGUUUCUAACCCGAUUUAUGACAACCGUGCCCCAAAUACUGCUGAAUUAAGGAUUUGUCGUGUAAACAAGAAUUGUGGAAGUGUUAGGGGAGGAGAUGAAAUAUUUCUACUUUGCGACAAAGUUCAGAAAGAUGACAUAGAAGUUCGUUUUGUGUUGAAUGACUGGGAAGCUAAAGGGAUAUUUUCACAAGCUGAUGUACACCGCCAAGUAGCUAUUGUUUUCAAGACUCCUCCAUAUUGCAAAGCCAUAUUGGAGCCUGUGACAGUGAAGAUGCAGCUGCGGAGACCUUCCGACCAGGAAGUUAGUGAAUCUAUGGAUUUCAGAUACCUGCCAGAUGAAAAAGAUGCAUAUGGCAAUAAAUCAAAGAAACAAAAAACAACUCUACUUUUUCAGAAAUUGAUGCAAGAUUGUGCAGCUAACUUUCCUGAGAGAAUAAGAACUAUGCCCUCAGGGUCAAUUGGAGAUGGAAGAUUCAUCAAAAAAGAACCAAACUUGUUUCCUCACAGUACUGUUCUACCAGAAAUGCCCAGGUCUUCGGGAGUUUCAAGUCAAGCCGAACCCUACUAUUCUUCCUCUGUGCCCAUCUCAAGUGGACUGCCACAUCACCCACCAGCCAUGGCCUCAGUGGUCUCUCCACCUACAAGCUGGUCAGCAGUGACCCACCCCACCUCACGCUCAGUCAGUACAAAUGCAUUGAGUAGCUUCUCAGCAGCAGCACUGCCCUCUAACUCACCAGGCACCCUUCCGUUCCUAGAAGGGCCUGGGAUGAGCGAUUUAAGUGCCCCCAAUGCUUGCCUCUAUACCGAUGGCCUAGCUAGAAUGGAAACGUCACCCAUGUCACCGGAUGGCUUAUAUAGCAUUUCUGAUGUCAACAUGCUGUCUAAUCGCCCUGUGAGUGUGAUGACAACCAGCAGUGGUAGCAUGGGGGACACUGAGAAUCCAAGACUUGUGAGCAUCAAUCUUGAAAACCCUUCAUGUAACUCAAGAGACCUGAGACACCAGAUGCCUGCCGCCAGUAUGUCAACAGGCACCAGUUCUACUUCUGUCUUUGUUUCCCAGCCAGAUGCAUUCAAUAGGUCAAACUUCAACUGUGUCGAAAACAGCCUGAUCAAUGAGCCUGGACCGUCGAAUGAUGCAAAUAGUCGUAAUUUUGUUCAGAAUAGUCAGUAUUCAAGUAUUGACACUCUGCAGAGUGAGCAGUUGAGUGAUUCUUUGGUAUAUGGUUUUUUAGAUAUGUUGUAGGACUUAAAUCUAGAGAACUAUAAAACUUGAGGUAUACAGACUAGAAAGAGAAGGUUCAGAAUAGAAACUUUAGAGGGCUCUAGGAUUGUUACUUUGAAAGAUGCCGAAAAUGGAUGUGCUUGGUGUGACUUGUUCUUUCAUAUUUCCUCAAGACAAGCUAUGUGUCUUUUGUAACAUAUUAAUGUAUUAGUUAAAUGAAUUGAUAUUUGCUUUCAAGCAGAUUUAAGGUAAAACGUGUAAUGGCUAUGCCAUUGGGAAAUAAACUCAUUAUUAUUGUUGAGGCCCAGAGACUAAAGUGACCCCUAAGGGGUUUUCUGGGGUUUCUUGGUAUUUCUAGAUAUGUGUGUGUGUGUGUGUGUGUGUGUGUGUGUGUGUGUGAGAGAGAGAGAGAGAGAGAGAGAGAGAGAGAGAGAGAGGUGGGGGGAGCACUAAAGUGAGAUUUCAAGGUAUGGAGGAUUUUUGUUUUCUAUUCUUAUAUUACUUAGAUUCAUACCACUAAGGCUACCUAUGAAAUUAGCUUUGGGCUAGAGAGAUGGCUCAGCAGUUAAGAGCACUGACUGUUCUGGAGGUCCUGAGUUCAAUCCCAGCAACCACAUGGUGGCUCACAGCCAUUCGUAAUGAGAUCUGGUGCCCUCUUCUGGCCUUCAGGCAUACAUGCAGGCAGAACAUCGUAUACAUAAUAAAAUAAGUCUUUAGAAAAAUAGCUUAAUACCAAUAUUUCCAAGAAAAAUACUUUUUUUAGCCUUUUCUUUAUUAAAAGAUGCCCUCAUUCCCUUUAAUCUCAUAAAGCCUGUCUGCUUCUUUGUCAGGAAUCUAACCAGAUGUUCUAGCCCAUGUCUGUAAUCUUUCUGCUUAAUGUUGCAGUUCAAGGCCUGCCUGGGCCACAGAGUAAGUUCAGUACCAGCUUGGGCAGCUUAUGGAAAUUUUGUCUCACAAUAAAGAUAGAAAAGGCUAAGGAUGUGACUCAGUGGUAGAGCCUGCUUACUGUUUGCAAGACCCUGUGUUCAACCCCCUGGAGAGGGAAAAAUAAAAAAAAAAUUACAAAAUAAAUUUAAGUUUUACGUCGAUAUAUCGAAGCCGUGCUUUUGGCUGGCUUUUCCCCAGCCUCGCCAGCUCUGGAAAUUGGCAAUGCUGUGUUUCUAAUGCUAAGGCAAAAACCCUGACGUCGUCCUUGAUUCUUCAUCUCCCAAAUCUAUCAAGAGAGCAGCCAAUCCAGGUCUUUCCUCAAUAUAUAUGCAAAGCUGGCCACCUCCUUUGAACUCUUGUUUGACACGGGGUUUCAUAUUGCUCAAGCUGGUCUCACACCUGCUACGUAGCCAAAGCUGACCUUAACCUUCGAAUCUUCCUGCUGCUACCUCGGGAGUGCUGGGGUUACAGAUGUGCACGGUCACACCAAGUUUAUGUGGUUCUGGACAUCAGUGACAGAUUUAAUUUAAUUGGGCUUUGCUGGGAGACGCAUGCUACCGUGUUGAUCUGUAUGCUAGAUCAGAUGAUUGUAGCAGUUCAGCAGUAGUUGGCACUGAUAACUCAGACACAGCUGUUAGAAAGCUCAGCGGAUGUUACCCACACAUUGACUGCUUUCUUAGUUUCUCCUCUAACUGGAACUAAGGUUCAUCUACAUCUGUGCUUAGAGUAUUUUCAAAUGAUGUUUUAUUUCCAGGUGCUGUUUUCCUGGCCACACAACUCAUUUUAUAACUUAAAACGUGUUUAGCCACGUUUCCCCUUUCUCCCUAGUUGCACUUGUAUUUCACCUGGUUUGGAGGGCAUGGGCCUUCCUUCCCCAACUCCACCUGUGCACUCCAUCUCUUCCCCUGCUCCCAGUAUCCUCAUAUCACCACCUAGUUCUUGCUUUCGCCAUAUAAACAGAACAAAUAUCUUCUUGAGCUCAGAAAGAAAGGCUAAAAACAUCCCACAAAGUACCAGAAACCCUACCAGUAUCACGUCCCUUCUUCCCACACCGUAACUGUAAAGUCUGUGCCUCCAUCCCGUCACGUGUGUGUCCCUCCUUCGCCCGUCCAUCUCUGGCUUUAGUUUACCCAUCCCCUGUCGGAGCCCAGGUCUCUGUCUCAGUGUUACUCUACUUGUCUGUCCUGUCCACAGCCUGUUGCUAUUGCCCAGGCGUUUCUGUGAUGGUCAGGAUCCUCUGAGUUCCUAACCCCAGCUCCCCAUGGCUGUUUGCUGUGUGCACUCCCAUCUGUACCAAGUGUCAUCUUUCUCUGCUGCUGUCUGAAUGCUCAUGUAAGCUGCCUUCUCUUACACUCCGCUUUCCUAAUGGCAUUACUACUGUCACCAGAGAAUUGAAUAGAAACCUCGGAUCAUCUAUGAUUGUCUUCCUCAAUUCAUACAUAGCCCUUUUGAGUCUGUCUGCUAAAAGUCUCUUGGGCCUGGCUCUUCCAUCAUUCUUUUUCUCCAGUGGGUAUUUUUCCGCUCCAGUUGUUGCUCUUUUAAUAGCCUAUACCUCUUACACUUUGCGGUUAGAGCAUGUCACUCUUUUCCCCUCAGGUCUCCAUGUAUGUAACCCGCUCUGUCUCUGCUCCCAACAGUUCCCACUAACAGCUGGCUUCUCUGCAGGGUUUGGUCUGCUGCAGCUGAUAUCCAGCAGAUCUUGGAUUCCAGCACUUGACAUAGAUCUCUGUGAGUUCGAAAACAAAAACAAAACAAGACAAAAACCAUCCUGAGGCCCUUUGAAACCCAAAGCAACUCUCUCAGAAAUCGUAAUGCCGACAAUAGCCAGUAGAAAUUCUGCCUCUGUGUGGCAGGUUAAAUCUCAAGUACCCCUGAGGUACCUUACCCUGUCAUGCCAGUAGGCAGUAUUCAUGUUAUAAAUCAUUUGACAUUUUGUAACCAUAUAUUGUACAGUGCACCAUGUUCUAUGUAGAAAAUCAGAGGUGAAUGAGAGUCAACUCUUGUUCUCAAAGGUACAAUUCUUUACUUAUGAGGAAUCACACAUAAACGUGGGCUGACUUUAAGGGAUAGCUUGGAGAAUUUUUACUUAUGUAAAAACCAUGUAACCAUCGUGUUUGGGACUCCAGGCUCUCAUCAGUACCCCCAAACCACUAUUCUGAUUCUUGUCAUCAGAGCCUGCUGACUUAGUCUGCCAGCCUUGACUUUGCUAAUGGAUUCCCAUUUAUGAGUCUAGUGUACAGAGUAACGGGGUUGUCACUUUGCCUUAGUAUGUUUCAGCGUGUUUCAAUGGCCUCAGAAAGACUCUACUUUCCAUUGGCGAUACAGGCUGUCAAUCUGUACCAUAUUACAUUUUAAUCAUAAAUUGAUAUGUUGAAAAAAUACCACAAGCUAUCAGACAACAUGGAAAACUGUAGAGAAGAAAGACUGGUUUUAGUCAGGUAGCCUAGAUGGGUCUAGUGUUACUGGCCUGUAAUACCAGAUACUCAGGCAGAAGGAUCACAAGUUCAAGGUCCAGUCUGCCGGGUGAGUCCAAGGGAACAAACUUGUGAGCUCCUAUCUCAAAAUAUAAAGUGAAAAAAAAAAGGUGCUGGGGUGUAGUUCAGUGGUAGAGCACCUAGCAUGCAGAGCCCUGGGUUCAAUGCCCAUCUUUCCCAGGGUGUGUUCUGUACUAAUGUCUGGAAAGAAACACUGUAAGUUGUGACGUGUGAGUCAAAGACAGUGAAUGAGCAGCUGUGUUUCUCAUGUGGCCGGAUUAGUCUACUCUCAGGUUUGUCCAGGCUCGGCCCUCUAAGGCAGUCGCACGAAUGCUUGAACUGAACAUCAGGGCAGAGUUCACAGUGCGAAGCCAACAGCGGAUGACACCAAGUCUCAAAAGUAAUCGUAUCUGAUUUUUUUCAUGUAUGCAGAAUACCAAAAUCCCACUCAUGUCCACACCGGGUUUUUUUUUUUUUGUCUUCUUUUGUUUUUAUUUUAGUUUUGGUUUUUCAAAACGGGGUUUCCCUGUACAGCUCUGGCUGUCCUGGAACUUGCUCUGUAGACGAGGCUGGUCUCGUACUCAGAGAUCCACCUGCCUCUGCCUCCCGAGUGCUGGGAUUGAUAGUGCAAUGGUUAGUAUUCUGCAUUGUGUCCCACCAUCUUUUUUAAUAGAUGAGAUGUAACUUUUUAACAACCACACUCUUCUAAGCAUGGCUCAAGGGCAGUUGCCACCUGUCCCCGGUUAUUUAAAGGGGUAGUAAAUCUUAGUGUGCACAGGCUUGUUCCACAGCUGGAGAUGGUCAUUUGGUUUCCUCCUCCCCCUUCUUUUCUUCCUUCCUU